AUGGACUUGCAUAAUGCUACCUUUCAUGAUGACAAGAAACCAUUUUAUAUCUAUCACGGAUCCACGAACUCGACACGCCCGUCGAAAAAGUCCACAUCCAAUACUAUCGAUACAAGCAGUCUCAAUCGUGUCAUCAGCAUUGAUCGGACACGCAAGGUAGCACUAGUUGAGCCUAAUGUUCCUAUGGACAUGCUUGUCAGCGCAAUCCUCCCCCACGGAUUCAUUCCACCAGUGGUGAUGGAGUACCCCGGGAUAACAGUGGGUUGCGGAUUUGCAGGAACAUCGGGAGAAAGUAGCUCAUACCGGCAUGGCUUCUUUGAUCGAACAAUUUCUUGGAUUGAGAUUGUAGUAGGGAAUGGCGAGAUCCUGCACGCAUCACCAAAUGAAAAUUCCGAUUUAUUCUUCGGUGCUGCAUGCUCCUUUGGGACCCUUGGAAUCACGACUCUACUGGAGCUGCAACUCAUAGAGCUUCCAGCAAGCCCAGUAGUGGAACUAACCUAUUUCCCCAUCUCGGGCAUUGAUGAGGCCAUCAGGAAAAUUGAAGAGCUCACACCCAAUCCCACGUACCAAUAUCUGGAUGGGAUUAUGUUCACCAAGACCAAGGGGUGCAUAUGUGCCGGGUUAAUCACCAGCUUGGUAGAGGAAGACCAGGUUCAAACUUUCAAUCGUCCCACCGAUCCAUGGUUCUAUAUGCAUGCCGAAGACAUGGUUUCCUCACGAUCAAGCCAUGAGAAGGGGACAGCAUCCAAGGAGCUGAUCCCCUUGCCCGAUUACCUGUUCCGCUAUGAUAGGGGAGGCUUCUGGGUGGGAAAGUACGCAUUCGAAUAUUUCCUUUUCCCCCAAACAAAAUUUAUGCGAUGGAUGCUGGACGGUAUUUCCCACACAAGGGUCAUGUAUCACGCCGUCCACAAGAGCGGGCUAUUCAAGGAGUACACUAUUCAGGACGUUGCGGUGCCGUACAAUGGUGCCAAAGAGCUGAUUAAUUUUCUUGAUGACUCGUUCGGGAAAUAUCCAUUAUGGCUUUGUCCUGUCCGUACUACAACGACACAUGUCUCGGGACUGAUGGCGCAACAACGAGACCAGCCCGACCCGGAUCGUCACGAUAUGAUGCUCAGCGUUGGGGUGUGGGGUCCAGGACCGAAGGGUAAGAAGAACUUCGUCGACUUUAAUCGCAAGCUUGAAAAGGUCGUCCACAUGGUUGGGGGUCAAAAGUGGCUCUACGCACGGACCUACUAUACAGAGGAGGAAUUCUGGUCGAUCUAUGACCGUGAUACAAUGGAUGGCUUACGACAGAAGUAUCAUACGUCCUACUUACCGAGUUUGUACCAGAAAGUCAAGAUCCAGCCAGAGGAGGUCGUCAGGCAGCGGCCUUGGACAUCGAAGCUGGCGGGAGACUGGGUUUGGAAUCGUUGGCCGAUUUCUGGGGUUUACGGGUUGAUGCAUACUUUCUGGCAUAAGGAUUAUUUGUUAGUAGACUGCAAGAAAUUGCUCAACUAG